CGUUUUUCUAGAAAAAGAAAACCUCCAAAACCAAGAGAUGGUGUUCCAAACAUCUGCAAAGCAGCAACGAAUGGAUGUUUCAAGUGCAGCAAGUGGUCUACUGCUUCUUGCUACAGACACUAUGACAGAACCACAUACUACUGAAGCGAUUUGUAAUGGGACCCCAGUCAGUGAUUUAGCUGUAUCAACCACCCAACCUGCCAAUGGUCAGUGCACUCCAGAUUCGAGUAAGGACAAUAAAAUAGAGACAGUUGAUAAAGGUGUUCAAACAGACUUCAAGAGCCAGGAGAUUGACUUGCUCAUCCGUUUGCGAGUUGAAAACACAGUCCUCAAAAAUGAGUUAACACUACUGAAAAAUUCUGAUCACAUUUCCCCAACUUCAGUGGAAAAACGUUAUUUCAGUGUAAAUGAUGUUGAGGGUAAUGAAGCUAAAUGCAAAUUUUAUACUGGUUUAACAUGGCUUCAGUUUAUGAGCCUGUGGAACUUUUUGGGCCCAGCACGAGACAAACUGCUGUUUUGGAAACGAGAUUAUAAUAAUGAAGAAGCAUCUCCAAAUUUGCGUCGUGGGCCUGAACGUAAACUUGAUUCAAUGAAUGAACUUUUUUUGACACUUGUUAGACUUAGGGUAGGAUUAUUACAUCAGGAUAUUGCAUAUAGAUUUGGUAUCUCAAAGGGUCAUGUUACAACUGUAGUUACAACGUGGAUACAACUUUUGUAUAAGCAGUUUUCUAGAUUAAGAAGUGAUAUGUUUCCUUCAAGGGAUAUUGUAAAACGCAACUUACCAGCAUGUUUUAAGAAAUUUAGAGAUAUUCGUGUAAUAAUUGAUUGUUCUGAAUUUUUUGUUUAUCAGUCUACCCAUUUUAAGCAGCAGGGCAAUAUGUAUUCUAGUUAUAAGAACCAUGUUACUUAUAAGGUACUCAUAGGUAUUGCUCCAUCAGGGGCAAUCACUUAUGUGUCUGAUGCUUUUGAAGGGUCAAUUUCAGAUAAGGAAAUUGUUCAGAAGUCAGGUUUUCUUGAUUUGCUCAGCGAAGGUGAUUUGAUCCUUGCAGACAGGGGUUUCACAAUCAGGGACUUACUAUUUGAAAAAAAAGCAGACCUAAAUAUUCCACCAUUCUUAGGGAAUAGAGAUAAAUUGUCAGCAGCUGAAGAGAUUCAAACUAAACAGAUUGCUAGAGUAAGAAUACAUGUAGAGCGUGCUAUUGAACGCAUUAAAAAGUUUAGAUUACUAAAAAAAAAAAAUUCCACUAUCUCUACAGCCAGUGUUUUCACAAAUGGUGUUUGUGGCUGGUUGUCUUGUUAACUUUCAGGAGCCCAUUGUUCGCUGAAAGAAUCAAACAAAGUGUAUUAUUAAUUAAUACAGUUGAUUUGUCAUAGUACAAGUAUGCAAUGUAUAUUUAUCAUUCCACAAUAAUAUUUAGUCACAUUAUAAUCCACUCCUAAAGUAACUUUCAUGUGUCACACUGUACUUGAUUCAGUCAUUCUGGUGCUCACAAUUAAUUUAGUCUGUCUCGGUCACAAGAAAAAAAUAAUGAAUUUUACCGGUACCUGACUGAAUUAAAAGUUAUCAUGGUAUUGCAUAUGAAAAACAAACAGAACACUAUUAGUUGAACACAAAAAAUAUCAAGCUUUAUUACUUAUGUAAUUAAAAUAAUACAUUAUUUACAAAUGUAAUUGAAAUGUGUAAAUAAAAAAAUGAUACUUGUAAGU